GGCAGCGGAGAUGGGAGAGCUGUCGAUGGUGUUCGCGCGCUUUGUGAUGUUUUAUUGUGUCGCGGAGAUUCGGCGGCCUGGAAACCCGGAACCGUCAGAAGAAGCGGCGACGACGGCUCAACGACUGUGGGUCGCUCAGCGGCCGGGUCUGAUUGGAAGCCGUUGAGCAAGAGGAGGCGAAAAGACCGUCGGGUUGUACGUCAGUAACGGUCUUCGUGCCGCGAACCGUUGCACGCGAGCCUACGGGGGAAGAAGCGCUGGGGAUGUGACCUUUCAUGGUAUGGUGGUGGGAAUCUCUGUUUUAAAUCACCCCAAUGGAUGCAGAGAGUGAUGUUGCAUUGGAUAUUCUAAUCACAAAUGUGGUCUGUGUCUUCCGAACAAGAUGUCAUUUAAAUUUGCGAAAGAUUGCAUUGGAGGGAGCAAAUGUAAUAUACAAGCGUGACGUUGGGAAAGUAUUAAUGAAGCUUAGGAAACCCAGGAUUACAGCAACAAUUUGGUCCUCAGGGAAAGUAAUUUGCACAGGAGCUACAAGUGAAGAAGAAGCAAAAUUUGGUGCCAGACGAUUAGCCCGUAGUCUUCAGAAACUAGGUUUUCAGGUGAUUUUUACAGAUUUUAAAGUUGUCAAUGUUUUAGCAGUAUGCAACAUGCCGUUUGAAGUCAGAUUGCCAGAAUUUACAAAAAACAACCGACCCCAUGCCAGUUAUGAACCAGAGCUUCAUCCUGCAGUGUGCUACAGAAUAAAAUCACUUAGAGCUACUUUACAGAUUUUUUCAACAGGAAGUAUCACAGUUACAGCCACUCUGGGGAAGUAACAAUUUUGUUCUGUCUUGCUGAGGAGAGAAGAAAUAAGACUUCCAUUCUUACAUGUUGUGAUCCCAGUGAAGAUUUUCUGGACUUAUAAUUGAAGAAAAAUAAGAUAAAUAGUUAUAUUAAGGUCUAAUUUGAGUUGGAGUGUUGGGUGGCCAUUGAUGAUAUCAGGUAAUUUAACAAUAUAAAGUGCAAGAAGCAAAUUUUGAGAAAAGAAAUCAAUUGCUGAAUUUGCACUUUUUCCUACUGUUUUGGGUUUAUGAUAUAGCUAUGUGAGAAGAACAGAGAUCAGUCUAGGAUGUAUAUGGAUGUGUGUGAUGUGUAAUUUAAUUAAUGUUUUUAGACUAGUUUUGAAGGGACUUUCUGCUUCAGUAGUAUUACUUGGAAUUGUUCACUUUUAGAAUAUUGGGGAAAAAAUUGUUGUAAGUAUUAAGUUCCACUAACAAAGUUUAAGGGCUUCAGAGGUUUGUUUAUAUCUGUUCUGAGUCUUUUUUUUUCUGUUUAUUCUUAGGGCCAAAUGUAAAGGCUGUUGCCACUGCAGUGGAACAGAUCUAUCCAUUUGUGUUUGAGAGCAGGAAAGAAAUUUUAUAAUUUGCCACUUCAUGGUUAGGUGGACUAACCAAGCACCUUUUAUAAGACUGCUGCAUUGGACUUAAAGCAAAAAAAAAAAAAAGGGGGUAAGGAAAAAAGGAUAACUGGACCAAGACAGCUGAGGAGGUACAAACUCUUGGCCACAGUGAUAAACUCCAGUCCCUUUUGGAUUUUAUUUUGAACAGUGUGUAUUGUAAAAACAAAAGUUUACAAAAAAAGAAAAAAAUGAAAUUGCUGCUUUUUACAAGACAUUCUAUUUAUUUCUGCAGUGAUUUCUGUGUUCAUAAGCAGAAUUGUCAUGAUAUGCACUAACCUUGGAAAUACUUCUUUAGGUUGAGCUUGUGUUUUUAUUUGUUAAUAGUCUUUUACAUUUUUGUAUGCUGACUGUUGGGCACCAAAGAAGCUGUAGACAUUUACCUUUUUCACCUGACAAACAUGCACAAAUAAAAGUCUGCGAAACCUUCCUUCA